AUGGAGAAGAACGAGCCGGUGGGGGGAGUGUCUGUGUGUGAGCUGAACCCUGAGCUGAAUCUGUAUCCACUGGGGACGUGUGGCGAACAGUCUCGGGAUUCGGUGAAAGCGGAACAAGCGGCAGUGGGAGUGGCAGUGGCACAGGGCCAAUUAAACCUCCGACCAGGGGAAAGGGAAGAUUUCCGCAGUUAUCUCGGUGCUCCAUGCUCUUUCAUUCUACUGACAGGCCGGACCGCAUGGAUGGGGGCCGUCCGUCCUAAUCUUGGGACCACCGCCGAUAAGGAUGGAGGAAGAAGGGGGAGCCUGUGGGACUGUACUACUGAUCUGAGGAGAAUUUCCUGCAGGGAUAGUGCAGUGCUAGGAGGAAACAAGGUGGUCCUGGCACGUAGUACAGACGAUCAGCCAGGAACUUUGACUGUCAGUAUUGGCAGUUCCAAGGUUUAUGGUGAUAAGGACGUUGCGGCUCUCCUUGGUAGUAGCUUAGUAGGCUUUCCCAAAAUGACCACCAACCAUCAUCGCCACCACCAGCAAGAAACAACCAGCCCUGGCAACGUCCCAUCGCACCGUCACCUCACUCACCUCACCUCAACCACGAAAUGCCAGUUCUAUUCUAACGUUCCUAGCUAUCCCUCCUUAGUCAUAACCCAACCCACCACACUCUCCCCUCUCAUAGGCUCAAUCCCAACCAACACGCACGGGUCGACCCCUGUUCCUGAAAAUCUAGACCUUCUAGCAGAGACUGACUGGUACGACUACGGUGGCCACUACUUUUGUUUUUUGUCCACAGAGCUCCUCGAUGCAGCAUCAUGCAGAAAACCAGCCCGCCUUGCCCGCCCUCACACAACAUAUUGCACACAUACAGGCAAGGAUUCCGCUGGUGGUGAAACACUGGCUGCUGUUUCUGUGUAUGGAUGGUUGGAUAGUGGGACGGACGGGAUGGGCGAAGAGAACUUUUUCUGGUUAGCUUUGGGUAUCGACGGGGUUGGCUUUGUCUCGGGCUCGGUGGGUUGCGUGAUGCUGCACUUUCGGGAUACUACGUCGGCUGAUUGUGCCGGGAUUAUUCGAUCGGUUUGUGUUACUUCUUGUGGUGGUUUAUCUGUGGUUGUAUUAUACUUUGAGAGUGCAUAUAAUGCUCUUGCUACGUCCUGUAUGCUAUUGCUAUUCCAUCUGGAGUUCACAUGGGAGCUCGAGGACAGCAAGCAGCGUCUCGCUCUCGCUCUCGCUUGGAAAUACGGCAAUAUGCCGGCAUGCCGAAACCGACCUAACGGAGGGAAGCUAUAUGAGCUCCAGCUAGAGCUGGACCUGAGCAUCGACGUGCACGAGAGGCUCUGGGACGAGAAGUGGUGCGUAGUUAGCGUGAGAUAUCGGCACACCGAAGGCAGUUGGAUGGACAGGCAUCCCGAGACCGAGACGGUCGGCGGAUGGCCGAAGUACUCGGGAUGGACGACGGUGAGGCUGGUUGUGGUCUCGGUGAGCAGGGUUGGCCGCUUAGGUGUGAUGUACUUAUCAGCGACGGUCGCUGCUAAGGAAGAUAUUUAG